GUCUCUACCUCUUCAAACAAGUUUAUUUCUUUUCUUUUUUUUAUUAACAAUUUUUCUUUCCAUAACCUCAUAGUGUCGACAUGGUUUGCGAGAAAGAUCCCUUGGUACAAAAGGUCUGCGAGUUGUAUGAGCAAAUCUCAAGCCUCGAGAGUCUCAAACCUUGCAAAGAUGUCAACAUGCUCUUCACACAACUUGUUGUCACAUGCAUGCCACCCAGCCCUAUCGAUGUUACCAAGCUUUGCAAAUCAAUUCAAGACAUCAGGUGUAAGUUGAUUCGACUAUGUGGAGAAGCUGAGGGACACUUGGAGAGCCAUUUCUCAACCAUCUUGGGAUCCUAUGAUAACCCUCUUCACCAUCUUCACAUUUUCCCUUACUAUUCUAACUAUCUUAAGCUUAGCCAACUUGAAUUCAAUAUCCUUACCAAACACUGCUCUAAUCUCCCUACGAAAGUUGCCUUUGUUGGUUCCGGUCCUCUUCCCCUCACCUCAAUUGUGUUGGCUUCAUUCCAUCUUACCACCACCUCUUUCCACAACUAUGAUAUCGACCCUUCAGCCAAUUCCAUGGCUCUUCAACUGGUUUCAUCUGACCCUGAUUUAUCUCAAAGGAUGUUCUUUCACACUUCAGAUAUAAUGGAUAUUACAAAUGAUUUGAAGGACUAUGAUGUUGUGUUCUUGGCGGCUCUUGUGGGGAUGGACAAGGAAACAAAAGUUCGUGUCAUCGAUCAUGUGGCUGAGUACAUGGCCCCUGGGGCUCUUUUGAUGCUGAGGAGUGCUCAUGGUGCUAGGGCUUUCCUUUAUCCAGUUGUUGAUCCAUGUGAUCUACGCGGAUUUGAGGUCCUCUCCAUAUUCCAUCCCACUGAUGAAGUCAUUAACUCUGUGGUCAUUGCACGUAAAAUUCCAAUCACUAAACAAUGCUCCGUUGAGUACCCUCUUGCCCCAACAAAGCUUCCCAACAAGUGUUUUGACAUUGAAAUGUUCAAUCCCCUCAACCAUGUCAACCUGUUGGAGGAACUUGAUAUUGAGGAACAACUCUCCUGAGAUCCCUCAUUCCAACUGCUUUUAGCCAUAUGGGUUCUGCUUGUCUAACAAGUUAUCUACUUGCAACAUGAAUCGGUUCUCUGCCGUUGCACCUUAAGUCUCAAUAAAUUAGGAUAUCCAGUUUAGCCUGAUCAGGUUCAAGACAUGUUAUCAAGGUGAUUGAUCUUUUCUGCUUUGUGUGCCAUAUUGUUAUAUGGGGGUAUGUACAUAUAGCAUGCAAGCAAGUAUUUCUAUUCACCUUCAUUUACUGCAUAUAUAAAAAUUUGUUUGUGAGAA